AUGAUCGUGAAUCUGGAGCGACCCGGCCUAGACUAUUGGCACAGCAUCAAUCAGAUCAUGGUCAUUUUCGGAGCGGGUCUUUCGAGUGGAAUCUACGGACCGUCUCUGAUCGAUCUGGCCGAAGUGUAUUCCUCAACCCCAGAUGGUAUCGCAGUUAUGAAUUCAGCGAGAGCCGUCGGAAUGUUCCUCGGAUCAUGCGUUGGCGGUAUUUUCUUCGCGCGAAUGAACGAUCAAAUAUUGAUGAUUAUCACGCUACUCAUCUACGCGGCCGGAACGACUUUGAUCCCGCUGCUUCCGAACAUCACCUCUUUGUAUAUCACUGGUUUCAUCUCUGGGACGUCGAUAGGGGUUUCGCAUAUCGGAUCUCAGGUACGUCUGGUCAAGAUUUGGCCGAAGCAAAGUGCUUCGGCGAUCCAAGCCUUCCACACAGCCUACGGAGUCGGAGCGAUGUUUGGACCAUUCAUGGGCGCUCCCUUCCUGAGUGAGCGGGACGGCGACCUCAUUCUAAGGGCAACGCAACUCCACAUCCCCUACGCUGCCAUCGGAGUCCUCUGCGUCGUGGUCGUCGCAUCCAUGAUCGGCGCGUAUAUCCUCGAUCCAGCUGGAAUUGUGGAGACGAAAGAAGCGAAGAAGAUCGAGCACUCUGCAUCGGAUAAAAGAUUGGAAAUCAUUCUGAUGACUAUGCUGUUCAUCUAUCUGGCCGUUUGCUGCAGUGGAGAAUGUACAUUCAGCACUCUGAUAUCUGUCUACGCCUUCGGCAGUCCGGCCCUGCAUUUCUCGAAGCCUGAAGCGGCGUAUCUGGCGGGAGUAUUCUGGGCGACAUUCACCGGCGGUCGGAUCGUCUCGAUCGUCAUCGCUGUUUUCUUCGAUGUGAAGCAGCUCUUGAUCAUCUCUCAUUCGCUCGUGAUUCUCGCCUCAGCCAUCCUGAUCAUUUUCAACAGCUCAACAAUGUGUGCCUGGGUCGGUGUUGCCCUCAUGGGUUUGGGAGCAUCUUCCUUGUACGGCGCAGCCAGCGGUCUGGUCUUCCAGUACAUUAACGUGCGGCAUCUCCACGUCAGCGUGAUCUUGGCGGCCGCAUGCUUGGGAAUCGCUUUCCCCUCUUACUUCGUACCGUCUAUCGUUGAGGUGUGGCCGAUGUUCCUUCAGUACUUCACGGGCUUGGGGAACAUCAUUCACAUCAUCAUAUUGCUGGCGAUCUUCUGGGCUUUACGUGGGAAGCAAGUUAUGUUCUCGGAAGAAGCAGGGAAUCAAGAGCCGAAGAAAGACAGUAGCGUAGCCUGA